AUGUCGCUCCAAAACAUGCUCCUGGACGUCGUCAAGCAACACUUCGACCCCAACGACAACGACGACCUCAACCCCGCCCUAAACCACGCCGCCGCCCACGGCACCGACUCCUCUCUCUUCGCGCAGGCCCUGUCCUUCGUCAAGGAGCGCAAAUCCUCCCUCGCCACCGACGAGGUCGACGAGCAGCACCUCGUCCAGUCGCACCAGUCGCUGUACAAUGGAUCCGGCCAGCAGAUGGACUCGCGGUCCGUCGGGGCCGGCGCCGCCAUGCAGGCCCUGAAGAUGUUCAACUCCGGCUCUGCAAGCCAAACGGGCGGCGGCGAUAAGAACGCCUUUAUCGGGAUGGCGAUGGCGCAGGCGGAGAAGAUGUGGGAUUUGAAAGCCGGUAAUGGGGAGGCUGCUGGAGAUAAACAAUCUGCUGUUACCUCGGCGGCUGAGAUGGCGUUCAAGAUGUAUACGAAGAGUCAGAUGAGUGGGAGUUCCGGCACCGGGGGGCCAGCUGGGUUGAUGGCUUUGGCGAGCAAGUUCAUGUAA